CAGCGCACCCACAGGAAGUUCCUCCCGCCACACGGGGGCGAUAAAUCCCCGCGGCCUCUGCCAGCCGGCUCCGCGUUAAUUAAGCACGAAGCAGCCGGCUGCUUUGUCAUGUUGUUAGUUUGUCAGUCGACAUUUAGAAGACGUAGCUCUUCUUUGAAACGAAUAGUUGUGUGAGUAACACAUCCACAGUUUGAUCGUUACGUUUCUAACUGGCGUUUUAUUUUAACAGGAGGACAGACUAGAAGCUAUCAUUUACCAGUGUUAAUAGUAACUAACGUUACGUGUUUAGCUAGCAGCAACUAGCCGGCUGUCGUUUCACCUUUAACCUCCGCUGUGGAAGAGUCACCAGCUCGUUGAGAGCUCUGCUGAAGCUCCAGCUACUCCUCAGCAGCGUCGGACUCGGAGAAGGAGCAGCAGGUCUCGUCGUUUCUCCAGACGAGGAUCAUGUCGAGACGCAGCCUGCGGCUCGAUGACGGCCUGCUGGACCGCGGCCUGCCGCACGGCAGCGCCUCCUUCAGUGUGGGAGGAACCGGCUGGAGGAGCACCAGGUCGCUGAAGUCUCGUCGUCCUCAGCAGCACUCGGUCUCCUGCUCAGAGUCUCUCCUCCUCGUGACUCCCGGUAAGCUGACGGGUCCGGCGCUCCCCAGCAGCAGCCUCCACAGCGCGGCCUCCGACGCCUCGCUGCUCUCCUCGCUGCUGGACGAGUCCUCCGUCCAGGAGGCCACGCUGGUCGACACCUUCUGGGGUCUGGACCACGACCUCGACCCCAAAGAAAGCACCAUCUUGGCGGAGCAGAGCACCGUCCUGGCAGACUGCACUCUGAUUGGUUCAGACGGCCGCUGUCCCAAACACCCGGUCCAGGCGCUCAGCAGGGUUUACUGUAAAGACUGUGAGCUGCACUCAGACAGGAAGGAGUCCGCAUACUGCUCCUCCUCCAAAUACGCCGCCUCCUCCUCCUCGUUGACGGGGUCGGGACCCUCGGAGCCCGCGGACCCGGAAAGUUCCACCAUCUACUGCAGAGACCGGAGCCGCAAGAGCAGGACAGCAGGUGUGCCGGCGUCCCUGUGGGGCAGGUUAGCGGCCUGCGUGCUCACUCUGCUCGCUCUGCUUUACCGUCACCUGAUGCCGCAGAAACACCACGAUGUGACAGAUGUGCUGCAGCUGUGGGUGGACUCGUCUGUGCUGUGUGUCAGGAGAGCCGCAGCCCGCUGCGUCUCUGUGCUGACACGCACCUGGCAGGUGUGUCGGGGGCUGGCCUCGCAGGUCAACGUACAGACUGAUCACAGACACGGAGCUCGAUCCGGUCCCUGUGGAGUCAUGAACCUGAGGGAGUCCACCACGAACCUGAAGGAGCGUCGUCCCGACGGAUCUCUGUGUGACGACUGUAAGGAGAAACAGCGCUCGGAGACGGGCUCCGUCGCCUCCUCUUCAUCCUCUUGGUCCUCGCUGGCUUCCUGUCUGUCGGGGCUGAUGUGGAGCGCUGCUGUCUUUACAGCCUCGCUUCUCUGUCAGCUGACUCUCAGUGCAGCUUCAGCAGUUUGGCCUCUGACCAAGGAAAUGUUUUCUGCUUCUCUGAGCGCCGGACGCUCUGCAGGUAAGGCAGCAGGUGACCUGUACAGGUGGCUCAACAGACGCUGGCAUCACAUGACCACCAGCUUCCUCCUGACGCGGUUUCCUCUCAGACUCCUCCUGGUUCUCCUCCCGCUGCUCCUCCUCUUCAGCCUGUGUUGGUUUGGUCCAGCUGGUCUACAGUCUGUCCUCGCAGCUGUCAACAUCACAGAGUGGAGGACGGUGGUCUCUGACGUCCCCGGUCUGUCCUCCAUCUACAGCCUCAUGCCCCCCGAGAGCCGCUCGGCAGAGGGCGCCGUGGAGGAGUCGAGGGAGGCGCGGCCCUACGUGGAGCCGCUCUACAGCAGACCUCCACCGGCUGAAACACCGACAGGAGAGGAGGAAGAGGCGGCGGCGGUGGAUGAGUCUGCGCGGCUCGUUCGUCUGGAGCGGAGUCUGACGGCGCUGUGGGAGCGCGUGGAGGCCGGAGGGCGGCGGGCGGAGCAGAGACACAGGGAGGUGCUCCGGCUGUACGCUGUCCUCCAGCAGCAGCUGGUCUCUACUCAGGGCGGCGGCGAGGGCGUGGAGCCCUGGCUGAGAGGCCUGCUGGACCAGCAGCUGGACCAGCAGCUGUCCCAGCUCAGGAGACAGCUGGACGAGGAGAGACGGCACAGGGACCAGCAGGAUUUGUCGCAGCAGCAGAGCCGAACGUCUCGCCUGGAUCAGCUGGAGCUGCAGCUGCAGACGCUGGCUGCCAGAACAGAGGAGGUGCAGUGGAGACAAGAAGCUGCUACGGUCUCGCCUUCACCAACAACACUUCCAGCUGCUGUCAGCCCCGGUGUGGACCGUCAGUCCCAUGAUGCCUUGCUGGCGGAGGUUGCGCGGUUGGAGGCGGCUCUGGAGGACGUCCGGCGGGAUGUUGAGGGUCUGUCUGGGUGUGAGGACAGCUGCCAACGCCCCGACAGAAUCCAGCAGACGAUUUCAGCGCAGGUUUCCGCUCAGGUCCGCGAGGAGCUUCGGACUCUGGUCUACGGCAACCAGCUGACGGUGAGGGGCGGGGCCUCCGGAGACAACGCCGGCCUCCCAGAGUCGCUCCUCCAGUGGCUGUCGCAGCAGUACGUCAGCGGGGCCGACCUGCAGGCGUCGCUGGCCUCCCUGGAGCGCCGCAUCCUGCAGAACGUCAGCCUGCAGCUGGAGCAGCGCCGCAGCGAGGAGACGGUCAGAGAGGCCGUCGUGCACGCCGCCGGGGCUGCUGGGGCCGCCGUGACCCCGGAGGACGUCCAUGUGAUUGUGAAGAACGCUCUGCGCCUGUUUUCUCAGGACCGAACUGGCCUGGCGGACUUCGCUCUGGAGUCUGGAGGGGGCAGCAUCCUGAGCACUCGCUGCUCGGAGACGUACGAGACGAAGGCCGCUCUGCUCAGUCUGUUCGGAGUUCCUCUCUGGUAUUUCUCUCAGUCUCCUCGGGUUGUUAUCCAGCCGGACAUCCAUCCAGGAAACUGCUGGGCCUUCAGAGGCUCCACGGGCUUCCUGGUGAUCCGCCUCUCCAUGAGGAUCCUCCCCACCGCCUUCUCCCUGGAGCACAUCCCCAAAGCCCUGGCACCCAGCGGGACGCUGCGCAGCGCCCCCCGAGACUUCAGCGUCUACGGUCUGGAUGAUGAGAGUCAGGAGAGAGGGAAGCUGCUGGGCUCUUACAGCUAUGAUGAGGAUGGAGAAGCGCUGCAGACCUACUCCGUCACUGAGGAGAACGACCGAGCCUUCCAGGUCAUCGAGGUACAGGUGUUGUCCAACUGGGGCCACCAGGAGUACACCUGCAUGUACCGCUUCAGAGUGCACGGGACGCCCGAAGACGUCUGAGGACGCUGCAGAGACGAUGUCAGAUUAGUUAAUACACAAACAGUGGAGACGGCAACAUGUCUGCUGCUCCUUCAGACGCCUUGAGAUUCCCACAGUCGCCUCCCAGCUAACUGCUUCAGCCACCUGCUGCUAACUGUGCCUGAGAAACCGCACACUUCAAUUACUUUCGGUUGAUUUCAAGUGUCUGCAGUCUCUGCUAUAAACUCACUUCCUUCCUUCCAGCCCGAAUGUGAUCUGAGUGUUAUUUCCUGUGGAAAAAGAAAACACUGACAGCUUUGAUGUGAUGUAUAAUUUUUCUGUCAAUAGUUAAUAUUUUUAUAUUUAAUAGUGUUUUGUAUUUGCUGUGCUGAAGGUUCUUCGUGUUUUAGCCGAUUUUUCUUUUCGGUUACAUCAUUGCACUGUGGUAAUGCAGUUAGCUGUGAGCAGGAAAUGUUUUUCAGGUCUGUCUUCAUAUGCAAAUGUGCGUACUGAAAUUGCUCCAACACAUUUUAAAGUGAAGCUUCAGCAGUUUGAGUUGACAAAUGAACUGAACUCUUCCAAAGUUUUGGUCUUUUCAGAAUAAAAUGUCGUCUUUUGUUUCCACAUUCAGUGUUUCCUUACCGAGCCACGACAGCGGGACAGUGACGAAUCAUUUCAAACUAAAAAGACUAACUUUGGAAGAUAACUUCUUGAUUUGAUUAACUCUGAACUUUCCAAGUCAUUUUACACGGAAGGACUGUGGAUUUUAUCUCCAUCACUUCCAUUGAAAUGUCUUUAGGAGGGGAAGGGGCCAGUAUGAACCAUUAUAACCAUUACUGCUGGAAUAUUGCGUGUGGGACAUUUAUAUUGAGUUGUUGUUGUUUUCAAAUGUUUUUAUUUAAGUUCUGUCGUGUGAAUCUGAAAUUCGGGUUGAAAAACAAUCAAAGUCAAAUGAUCUGCUCUACAGCAACACGUGGUUUUUAUUUUCCUCCGAAUGUGAUUCUCCAACAGAGAAGUCCGUAAGUGUAACGCAGCCGAUCGUCAGACGUCUGAGUGUCCUUGAACGCACCAACAGGAAGGGUUUUCAAAGUGGCUCACAGCUGCAGCGCUGAACGAUGAUUAAAAAUUUGAAAAGUUUCAAAAAGGGAAUUCAAAGAAAAAUGGGAGAGAAUAUUUUUGCACUGAUGGACUCGACAAGUGUCGCUAACGGCUGUAAAAUUCUAUGUUUGUGUUUUGUCUUCAGGUUAAUGGAAGAUGAUUUUAUUUUAUUCUCACUGUUUGUGAAAACUGUUGAUCACUUUUUUUUUUUUUUUUUACAUAAUAUAUAUUUUUGUGUUUUUUUUGUAUGUGAUUUCAAGUUGGACAUAAUAAAGAUGUGAAUGUUUUUA